GUGCCUGCUUGGCCUAGGCUCGGAGGUCUCCUUCGGCGCCGAGGAACGCAGCGAGCAAGGCGAGGAAAGUGAGGGCUCCGCUGAGGCGUCUCUGCCCUCGCCGGACGUGCCGGACAUGCCGGACAUGGAGAUGGAAAGGGCGAUUCAAAGGGAGAUCCAACGCAGCUUCGGCACCAGCAUGGCCCCAACCGAAG